CAAAUCUCCCUCUCACAUAAAUCAAUUGACGUUACCGGUAAUACAUUAAUAAUAAUUGCAUCGAAUCAUGCUUCAUAAUCGACUACUCCACGGUCGGCAUGUACGAACGGGAUACCGAGGAAAACUGGCUGGGUCGCCGUUUGAUUUCUUGAUUUCUAAUCGUGCUCAUCAUCGUGAGUAAUCAUCGGCUUCCUCGGCUUCCUCGUUCUAACCCUUGCAUUUUUUGGUGCAUCAUGUGUUGAUUUUCUUCGCAGUAUAUGUAGUUCUUAUGUUUGUCCUCUCUAUUUUCGUCUUCUUUCACAUCAUCUUCAAGUACAAUCUGAUUGAUGUUCAAAGCGACGUUGUCCAGAAUGACCAAAUUUGAUAUUUCGAUUGUUUCCGACACCGUCUGCCCGUGGUGUUAUGUUGGAAAGCAAAAACUCGAGCAAGGAAUCACGGCAUACAAACAACGACAUCCCGAUUCCAAUGAUACAUUUAGUAUCACAUGGCAUCCAUUUUACCUUGCUCCAGAUGCGCCUACAACAGGUGUGGAUAAACGAGCAUACCUCCUUUCUCGCCUUGGAGAAGAGAGACUGACGGCAGUUAUUGGUCGACUUUCUGAAAUUGGAAAAGAUGUCGGUAUCGAUUUCAAGUUUGGAGGAAAGACAGGAGCUUCGAGAACUAGUCAUCGCCUUAUUCAACUGGGAAAGACAAAGUCGCCAGCCAUGGAAACAAAAGUAGUGGAAUCAUUAUUCAAGUCGUAUUUCGAAGAAGAAGGCGAUAUCACUAGUCAUGAAGUGUUGCGUAAUGCCGCAGUCCGAGCUGGUUUGGACGAGAUGGAAGUCAAUGAAUGGUUGGAGAGUGAGAAGGGGGGAGCAGAGGUUGAUAGGGAGGUUGAAGAGGCGAGGAGGAAUUCGAUUAGCGGGGUACCGAAUUUCACUGUCCAGGGAAAAUAUGAGAUUGGUGGUGCCCAAGACUCUGCAGUAUUCUUGAGGUUGUUUGAGAAGAUCAAGGAGAUGGAGGAAUCGUCGAAAGCUUAAGGGAAAAUGUAGCUGGGAACAUUAAUAAAGGGGAUUAAGAAAUUUAGUUGGUCAUACCCAUCCAUGGAUCGCAAGCUUAUUAGACACACCUGGGCAAACAAAUGAUUGAUGUUGAAACUCAC